ACACAAAUAGAACCAAAUCCGAUGCGCGUAUCUGGGUGGGUGUGACUUGAAGGUCUUCUCGUUUGUGUGGCGGGCGGCCUGUUUUUCCGGUUCACCAUGUUUAUUUUGGGCAUUCCGACACGAAGGAAGCGGAUGGAUCGCGCACGGACGGGGUUGUCGUUUCUCCGAGCUUCGACUUCCACCAUCCCCCAGCUCGCUCACUCUCGCUCUCGCGCCCCCGCCCUCCAAAUCUAACACAUGCACAUGCAGCAAAGAAGAAGCGUAGAGGUGAACAACACGAGCGAGCGAGCGAGUUUGUCGCCUAUUGUCUUUGGGGGAGAGGAAGAAAAAGCAAAAAGCACGCGCCCAUUCGUGCUGCGCCAUUGAACACAAGUGGAAGGCUCGGGUGGGGUGUGCUUGGACGGCUCCCUGCGUGGCGAGGCGAACACAAGGCAAUCUUUGUUGAGGAUUUUCACCCAAAAGACCCGUGGUUGGAUGGAUGCUUUGUAUGUUGACCGAAUGGCUCCCUUUUAAUCGAUGGAGAACGUUAUCAUUUGAAUCAUCACCCCCCCCCCCCUCUCUUUUCUAUUAAGCUUAUUUUACGCUUUGUCACAUCAAUUUGUUCUUUAGUCUGACAAUCGCUUUAAAAGAAUCUAAUGGAGCUUGCUAUUCGAUGUCUAAAUGCUUGCAUGUACGAAUGUCUUUCUUUGGAAAUAAACUUGUGGGUGCAUGACCAAGUACUCUAUAUAUAGCUGGGUCAUGUUUCAUUUUCAAAUGGGACUACAGUAUCUGGGUCAGUUUCAAAAUGGGGACUGUAAUCAAAUAUUUCAUGCUCAUUCUAAUACUAUUUAAAUUGCAGUAUUUACUCACCUUAAUGACUAUGUAAUAACCAAUGAUCUAAAACGUUCUAUUUUUAAAUUGACUUUAUGAAUCAAAUACAUUUACAACAAACAAAUGAUUUAUUGAGGAGAAGAAUGAAUUAAAAAACAUCAUUUUGCAGUUUUAAAAGUAAACAAUAGCUCAUUAAACGACUGGAAUAAAGACAGGAGUGGAUUGCUGCGGCCCGGUGGCCAGACGGCAAAACGCCACCAUUUUGAUGUCCCCAAAUAGCUCAAAUGGAGCCGAAUGGUUGGACGUCCAAGAAGAUGGUCUUCCGGAUUGCAUGGCAGAAAGUAAGCUGCCUCAAAAAGGAGUUCCCGCCCAUGCAAUGACACAUUGCAGAAAAAAAGGAAGUAGGCGCGGCAGUGCGUGGCGUGGGCCGCUCCAGUGCCGGCCGUUGGUGCGCUCGGAUGCUGAGCACCGGCACGCGGGCUCCAAAGGCUUUCUUUGCCAUGCACGGACGGCCUUGACGGAGAGUUGGUCCUGUGAGUGACGAGGAGGAUGACCCAAAAUAAGGAUGCCGGCGGCGCUAACGGCACCGGCAAGGAGGGUGAGGAACUCAAGACGGUCAUUGUGGGAGACGGCGGCUGUGGGAAAACCUCCCUUCUCAUGGUGUAUGCCAAAGAUUACUUUCCAGAGAAAUACGCCCCGACGGUGUUUGAAAAAGUCUCCACCACGGUGGUCCUUAGAGGAAAAGAAGUGGUGCUCAACAUGUACGACACCGCAGGCCAGGAGGACUACGACAGGCUGCGCCCGCUGUCGUACACGGAGGCCCACGUGAUUCUGGUGUGCUUCGACGUGACCAACCCUACCAGUUUUGACAACGUGACCAUCAAGUGGCACCCGGAGGUGAAGCACUUUUGUCCGGGCGUCCCGCUCAUCCUGAUUGGCUGCAAGACGGACCUCAGGAAGGACAAAGAAUGCUGCAGGAGGCUCAAGGCCGUCAAGCAGGCUCCCGUCACCUACACGCAGGGCCUGGCCGCGCAGCAGCAGAUGAACGCCGAGCUCUACCUGGAGUGCUCGGCAAAGUGCCAGGAGAACGUGGACGACGUGUUCCGGGAGGCGGCCAAGAAGGCUUUGGCUUUCCGCCGCAAGCAAAGACACUUCAAGCGCAAGAGGAAUUGUCAAAUUCUAUGAGCGCACUCAGAUGUGCCUUUCGUCUUAAAGUACAAGUAAAUUGUACUGCACUGGAUGGUGAAGCCAUUUAAGCAGUUUGAAGCUUUAAUCCAGUGAUUCUUUUGCAUACCACUAGAGGGAGCCUGCCUGCCUACCACACGCGGAGACUCUAAUUUCACCUGUUCAACUUUUCACUUCUUCCCUUUUGCCAAGGAGUUUGGAGUUGAGUCGUGCGUCACUAGACCAGUGGUUCUCAAUGUGUGACCCUCAGGCUCCCUCUUGUGGUGCACCAAUGAAUGACUGGCCAAGUCCGCUUCAGUUGUGUUUCACUUUGAAUUGCAUUUCAUUUGAAGAGAUUUUGAAGCUUACUUUUUGGGUACAACUUGAAUGUAUUUAUCUGUUACAUGCAAACAUUUGAAUUGAACCAUUCCAUAGAUAUAUUUUCGAACCGUUUUUGCUAAUAACAUGUUGACUUGCAAAUCUUUUCACGUCA